AUGGCGAAUAAAGAGAUGUUUGAAGAUAUGGUGGAGGAGCAGGUUAUCAAUGAAAAAUAUAAAAUAUGGAAAAAGAAUACACCAUUUUUGUAUGGCUUGGUUAUGACACAUGCCCUUGAAUGGCCCAGCCUUACUGUUCAGUGGCUUCCUGAUGUAACUAGACCAGAAGGAAAAGAUUAUGCCCUUCAUUGGCUAGUGCUGGGGACUCACACUUCUGAUGAGCAGAACCAUUUAGUGGUUGCACGAGUACAGAUUCCUAAUGAUGAUGCACAAUUUGAUGCUUCCCAUUAUGAUAGUGAGAAGGGAGAAUUUGGGGGCUUUGGAUCUGUAACUGGAAAAAUUGAAACUGAAAUAAAGAUAAAUCAUGAAGGAGAAGUAAAUCGUGCUCGUUAAGAGCCCUUCUUUAUUGCUACGAAAACACCAUCUUCUGAUGUGCUGGUUUUUGAUUAUACAAAACGUCCCUCUAAACCAGACCCGAGUGGAGAAUGUAAUCCUGAUCUUAGGUUAAGAGGCCAUCAAAAGGAAGGUUAUGGUCUUUCCUGGAAUUCGAACUUGAGUGGAUAUCUCCUAAGUGCAUCUGAUGACCAUACUGUCUGUUUAUGGGAUAUAAAUGCAGGCCCAAAGGAAGGGAAAAUUGUUGAUACCAAAGCAAUCUUUACUGGUCAUUCUGCUGUUGUAGAAGAUGCGGCAUGGCAUCUACUGCACGAAUCAUUGUUUGGAUCUGUUGCUGAUGACCAGAAACUUAUGAUCUGGGAUACCAGGUCCAAUACAACAUCCAAGCCAAGUCACUCUGUAGAUGCCCAUAUCACUGAGGUCAACUGUCUGUCGUUUAAUCCAUACAGUGAAUUCAUUUUAGCAACUGGCUCAGCUGAUAAGACUGUGGCUUUGUGGGAUCUAGUAAAACUCCGCUCCUUUGAAUCUCAUAAAGUUGAAAUCUUCCAGGUUCACUGGUCUCCACAUAAUGAAACUAUCUUGGCUUCAAGUGGUACUGAUCGAUGUCUAAAUGUAUGGGAUUUAAGUAAAAUUGGAGAACAGUCAGCUGAAGAUGCUGAAGACAGACCUCCAGAACUUCUGUUUAUUCAUGGAGGACACACUGCCAAGAUAUCAUAUUUUAGUUGGAACCCCAAUGAGCCUUGGGUAAUUUGUUCUGUUUCUGAGGAUAAUAUCAUGCAGAUAUGCCAAAUGGCUGAAAAUAUUUACAAUGAUGAAGAACUAGAUAUAUGA